AUGGCGUUCUGUAUCCCCUUUGCUCAGUCCUUCUGGCAGGAAUAUUUGUCCGGCCAGGAGGCCAACCUGCCUCGUCUUCCCGAAGUCGAGCAAGUCACCGAGAGAGUGAUGCGCAUUCUCGGAGGCAAUCCCGGGCGCAUGCAGCUGCAAGGAACCAACACAUACCUCGUGGGGACGGGCAAAUUCCGAAUUCUCAUUGACACCGGCCAGGUAGUCCACCUAUACCUUCCUGCCAUGAAUACUUCUAACGCCGAACAGGGUGAAGCAAGCUGGAUUGAAGCUCUCACGGAACAACUGGAAUCCAACGGUCUAGAAAUCUCCCACGUCCUGCUCACUCAUUGGCACGGCGAUCACACCGGUGGAGUCCCCGACCUCAUCAGCUACGACUCCGAACUGUCCUCUCGGGUGUACAAAAACACCCCCGAUCUCGGCCAACAAGCCAUCCACGAUGGCCAGAAGUUUCACGUAGAGGGCGCAACUAUCCGCGCUGUCUUUACUCCCGGACAUGCCUUCGAUCAUAUGUGCUUUUUGCUGGAGGAAGAGAAUGCCCUCUUCACCGGGGACAAUGUGUUGGGACACGGAUACUCCGUCGUGGAAGAUUUAGGCACGUACAUGACCAGCCUGUCACGCAUGGCGGAUCUCAAUUGCGCGCUCGGGUAUCCAGCGCAUGGAACACGCAUCGAGGAUCUUCCCGCUAAAAUGAAAGAAUAUAUUCAGCAUAAAGAGUCGAGAAUGCGGCAGGUACUGGCCGCGUUGGAGAGAAGUCGGGCGAGGAUGGCAGCGUCCGGGGGCGGGCGUCGUGCCGGCUCUCUAACGUUUCCGGAGCUCAUUAACUCUAUGUAUGGAGGGAUUCCGGAUGAUGUUGAACAGGCUUUGACUCCAUUCUUGAGUCAGGUUUUAUGGAAGUUGGCGGAGGAUCGGAAGGUUGGAUUUGAGGGAGAGCCUAGUCAGAGACGCUGGUUUGCGGUUGGGCCGCCGGCUGCAUCUCCAGUGAGGCUGUAG